AUGACAUCAACGCCUGUGCCAGCGACCGCGAGCCGUACCAGUGCAAGCGACAUCAGCGACAUCAGCACACGAGCAGAAAGAAGCCCCCCAGCUCAACAGGAUACCGCUGCAAUAAGCUGGUCAGACAGCGACGAAUGCGACGAGGACGGCGCACAGGUGCAGAUACUGCGUCGACUCACUCGGGGUACCAAAAAAGAGCGCAUCUAUUACGCAUUUGGUACGAAGCCAUCAGAACAACUACCAAGAGCUCCGUUCAACUUUAACGGACUAUCAAAUGAGUGCAUCGACAGGUUUCGAUUUGAUAAAGCGCAGCUAGCUACCCUUGUCAAGCUAUUCGACCUCGGCGCCAUUCGAACUCGAGAGCGUACGGCAGCUACUGGUGUCGAAGGUCUAUGCAUUGUGCUGUAUAAGUUGGCAGUCCCAAUACGCUGGAGCGACCUUGAGUCAUUUUUUGGUCGGAAUUCGAGUGGUUUGUCGAAUUUGUUCUUGCACGUGCUGGAGUUGCUCGACAGCAAAUUUUCGGACCUCCUCCAUUUCAAUCACGAGUACGCUGCGGAGAGCUUACAAGCGUACGCCGACGCUGUUUUUGAUGCUGGUGGGCUACUGCAAAAUGUCUGGGCGUUUGUAGAUGGAACCGUAAGAGGAGUUUGCCGUCCAAAUGUUUAA